GGAUUUUUGUCCAUUAUGGUGAACUCGUUUCCGGAUAAAAUCAACGCUCUAUGUGUCUUUGGUUCGGUUUUGCAGUUGAAGGGCCAUCUUGUCCCAAACUCCCAAUUCGGUCGGAACCUCCCCUUUUCCGACUGGUCCACGUUGUGGGUCCGUCGAUACCGUUACAUGCGACCUGUCAGAUCUUUCUCAUUCUCGUCACUACUUCGCUGCGUCUGGGGUUCGAAAAAAAAGCACAGGGACGUGCCUAUAAAGAAGACAGCAAUGGGCGACUCGGCCAACGAACAGGUGUUGGCGCCUCUCCGCGCCUCAGUCAAAGAACAGGGUGAUUUAGUUCGUAAGUUGAAGAGCGAAGGCGCCUCCGAAAUUGACGUGAAGAAGGCCGUAGCCGAGUUGAAACUUCGGAAGAAGGCGCUCGAUGACCGUGAGCUCACCCUUUCGCCGCAGGUCUCAUUCGACAGGGCCAAGAUGGAGGAUGUCUUGAAACGCCGUUUCUUCUUUGACCAGUCGUUCGCCAUAUAUGGCGGGAUCACGGGCCAGUUCGACUACGGCCCGAUGGGCUGCGCGCUCAAGACCAACCUGCUCAACCAUUGGAGGAGCUUCUUCGUUAUUGAGGAGAACAUGAGUGAAGUUGAGUGCUCCAUACUGACACCUGAGCCUGUCCUCAAGGCAUCAGGGCAUGUGGAACGAUUUGCAGAUUUGAUGGUCAAGGACGUCAAAACGGGCGAGUGUUUCCGGCUCGAUCACAUCAUCAAGGCGAGCCUCGAGAAGUUAGCAGGGUCGAAAGGAACAGCGCAGGACGUCAAGGAAAAAAUCGCCGAUAUUCUCGUCAAGCUUGACGGGAUGACAAAAGAGGAAAUGUCAGACGUACUCACCGAUUUCAAGAUCAAAUCACCGCUCACCGGGAAUGAUCUGACAGAGCCGAUUGACUUCAACCUGAUGUUCUCAACACAAAUAGGCCCCACGGGGCUCGUCAAGGGUUUCCUGAGGCCGGAGACGGCUCAGGGUAUAUUUGUCAAUUUUAAACGCUUGCUUGAGUUCAACCAAGGCCGGCUGCCGUUCGCUGCGGCACAAAUCGGAAAUGCUUUCCGUAAUGAGAUCUCGCCCAGGUCUGGCCUGCUGAGGGUACGGGAGUUCACACUGGCUGAGAUCGAACACUUCUGCGACCCGAGCGACAAGUCGCACCCGAAUUUCGAUGCCGUGGCCGAAUCUGAGCUUAUGCUCUAUUCGGCGUGCGACCAGAUGGACGGCAAACCAGCGAAAAAUGUCAAAAUCGGAGAUGCUGUAAAAACGGGGCUGGUGAACAACGAGACUCUUGGCUACUACAUGGCGAGGAUCCACGCAUACCUGCUCAAUGUAGGCAUAGACAAAGAACGACUGCGUUUCCGCCAGCAUAUGAACCAAGAGAUGGCUCAUUACGCUUGUGACUGCUGGGAUGCAGAAGCACUCACAUCCUAUGGAUGGGUCGAGUGUGUAGGCUGUGCUGAUCGUUCGGCGUAUGACCUGACUCAGCACACUAAAGCUACGGGGGUCAGGCUGUCUGCAGAGAAGAAACUCCCCGAGCCGAAAACUGUGACCGUGACUGAAGCACAAGUGAAUAAAGGCAUUGUGGGUAAGGUGUUUAAAAAGGAUGCUAAGGCGGUGUCGGAAGCACUGGUCAACGCAUCCUCCGACGUACUGAACACGAUGGAAGAUGCACUAUCGACUACUGGGUCCUAUGACUUGACGGUGGAUGGUGAGGUGCGCCGGAUUACGAGAGACAUGGCGUCGCUCAAGGUGUACGAGAAGACAAUGCAUGUCGAAGAGUUCACGCCGAGCGUCGUGGAACCUGCUUUUGGCAUCGGACGUAUACUCUACGCCUUGCUUGAGCACACAUUCGCCGUGAGGGAGUCAGACGAGCAGAGAACGUAUUUCAAAAUUCCGGCGAGUGUCGCGCCGCUCAAGUGUGCCGUUUUUCCACUCAGCUCUAACGCCGAAUUUCAGCCGUUCAUCCGGCAGCUCGCAUCUGCAUUAAAAGUGAAGAACGUCAGCCACAAGGUGGAUGACUCGGGUGGCUCCAUUGGACGUCGUUACGCCAGGACGGACGAGAUCGCAGUCCCCUAUGGUGUGACCAUUGAUUUCGACACAGUGAAAGACUCAACGGUAACCCUGCGUGAGCGUGACUCUAUGUCCCAAGUCAGAAUUCCCUUGAACGAAGUCCCUGCUGUCGUCCAAGGUCUUUCGUUAGGUGAAACCAGCUGGCCCGAAGUCCAGGGCAAGUACCCAAAGUUCGAACAGCAAGAGUCAACAAAAGAAAAAUAACUGAAUUUUUUAAAAAUUCCUAUAGUUCAUUUUUUGGGAACGCCAAGUAAUAAUUAUUUAUUUGAGAAAAAACUGCUUUUGUAAAAUUAGUUUAUAAGAAGAUGAUUUAUAAAUAAAAUGAUCACAAUUG